GUCCCGUCUGCUACCUUUUUGUGGCACCGCAGGCAAGCAUUUGGCAACAUUACUCUGUAAGACCAGACUGUUACUUUCAUGUCGUAGACGUUCUAUCGAAACUCUCUUCUCAGUCGCUCGGAACAAGUUGGUGAUAGGGAUAAGCAGACCUUAUGAUGGCAUUCAGUGUCUCAGCUGAGUCGGUGUUGGCCAAGAUCCGAGAGUGUUCCAUGUGCAGUCACAGUUCCAGGCAACCAAAAGUUCUCAACUGUUUACAUAGUUUCUGCCUGGGAUGCUUAUUGGAACUCAGGCAGCGCCAAGAUCCACGAAUAGGCAAUCUCAUCUGUCGAACGUGCGGGCGAGAAACCGAGGCAGCCGACGAGGACGAGGUCAGAGAUUUACCCGAUGAUCUCAUAUUGCGUGCCCUGGAUGGAUUCUCGCUACAGGAUCGGCCCCUGCCAGGAGAAGGGUUUACGUGUCAAGCCUGCGAUGAGAGGAUCCAGGCCGUCUCGAAAUGUAUGGACUGUGAUCAUUUCCUCUGUCAGGAAUGUCAAAGAGCACACGAACGCCUGUCCGUGAUGAAGAACCACAAAAUCUAUACGCUGGCUCAAAUUCGAGCUGGACAGGCCAACGCCGACAGCAUGAAGCUGACAGACGCGCCAAAAUGUGGGAAGCAUCCGGAGCAAGGCCUCCGCUUCUACUGCGACACAUGCGGACAUCUGGUCUGUAAAAUCUGCUCUGACUUACAUCACGAAGGGCAUCCUCUAAUUGGACUACCCGAGGCCUUGGACAAGUGCAAGAGAGAGAUAGCAGAAUUAGGUGUGAAAGUUAAAGAGAACAUGGCAGAAUUAAUGAGCAUGGCCACAGGUGAGACGUUGAAGUCCCGCAAGAAACUGGACACCAUGUUUGAUGCUACCAAAACUAAAAUCUCGGAGAGGGCCGACAAGGAGGUUGCCAAGAUCAGGGAGGAGGAGCAGGCACUCAAGCAAGAGGCGGAGAGGAUUUACGCAGACAGAGUCAAGACUUUUGAGAGAACAACAGCCACGUGCGGAAAGGAAGUGAGCGAUGCUGGGCACAAGCUGGACGAGGUGGAUAAGCUCAUGUCUCAGAUGAGUUGCCACGCAGUUCUGCAUCUCAGACAGAGGUUCUUGAUCCAACUGCAGGAUCUUUUGCUCGAGCUGAGAGUGGUGAUCGGGAAGCAGUCGGAGACAGCGUCCAGCAGGUUGUCUUUCUUGGACUUUGAGCCGUGCGACUUGGAAGAGACCCCCCUCGGGAGACUGCUAGACGGACCAAUGGUCAAGCCAAGGCUUAAAACUAGAGCCAAAUCUGAGAGCUACGCGAAAUUCGUGGCCACGGAAGACGGGAAGUGGGACCUCCAGACAAAAAUCCAGAAAUUUGGACCGACACAGACGGGCUUCAGAUGGGCCUGCGAUGUUGCCGUGUUCUCCGAUAAUGGGAUAGUCGUGGCUGACAAUGCUCACAAAAGGUUGAUUCAAAUACCAGUGGCCAACUCUGAGUCGUUGGUGGUCCCGCAGCAACUGCCCAUCAGCUGUUCCAAUCCAGUCUGCGUCGAAGUCCACCGAGAGGACAUUCUGCUUGCUCUGGAUGGUUCCACUGUGAAGAUGUUCGACAGGAAACGCAUGUACCAGCUCGUCCAUCAAUUCACACCCGGUCGGAUGCCAAACAGCAAACCGAUGAGCCUUGCCGUGGACGACGAUAACCUGAUAGCAGUGGGUUACGAGAAGGUCGCAGAGAUCUCCCUCCACAACCCCGACGGGUCCCUGGUCAGGCGAGUUCCCGCAGUUAUGACCGCUGAGCAUAUCACGAUCGGCAGGCAGCGGCUCAUCUACACCAACUGGGACAAGAAGAAGCUGGUGGCGGCGGACUACCACGGCAACCGCCUCUUUUCCGUGGACACCGUCCACACUUUCAUGAUGGGUAACUGGGGGCCCACUGGGGUGUGCUGCGGAAGAGACGGCGGCAUCUACGUGGCCGUGUGCGGGUUGGGCUCGUCCUGCGGAGAGGUCCACCAUUACAGCCCGCAAGGCAAGCAUGUCGGAUGCGUGGUUGAGGGCUGCGGAUCACCCCGCGGCAUUGCAUUUGCUGCAAAAGGUGAUAACCUGAUCGUGGCCGCGGGAGAUUCAGUGCAAAUCUUUCACUGCAUAUAGUAGUUCUUUAAACAGAUGGAUUUCCCGGAAUAUAUCACUUUAAGAUGGCAGACCGUGUUCGCCAGUUUGAGGGCGUAAAAGAUACGACAGCCUCUAUCUUCUGCACACUUCGGACGGUUUCAACAGUUUAUAUACGACUACACGAAUCUGUAGUUAACUGCUCUCAGAUUAAGGAGUUACCUCUCUAGAUUUUUAUUCGUGCGUCGUUUUGUGGAGGCUUCAUAAAAGGUCUAUGAGCCAUUUCUGUACUCCAAAAAAAGGCAAGGUCUUUCGGGAACUAAGCGUGCGUGUGAGGCAGCCUGCACUGAUUGGGCCAUUGAUAAUGAAAAUCGGUGGAUAGGGCAUGGGGAUAAUUGAGCGCGCGUGCUGCAGCUAGCAGUUCCCGAAUGACCUCCGACGCGCUUCAGUUUGGGCAUGCGCUGUUGGAAUACCGAACUUGCUCACUGUCAAGAUUCAUCUGUCUGCAAAGGCUAUGUUAAUAGGCAUAUUCUAUACACACAGUGCUUCUCGUUGGAUUUUUUUGUAUGAAAAACUAGAGCUAAGAAAGGUUUUUGUCUUAUUGUGGCUAUCAAAACUUUACAAAAUGUGAUUAACCUGUGGCGAUAAGCACUUUCCGAAUUGUUAAGCAAGUGCUUUAAAUAUUAGGUUAGACAUAUAAGUGUGCAGUUUUUACCAUACCAAUUACCGGUACUGAAUUUUAUGAUUGUGCUCUAAGCUGAAAACAAACAAAACAAAAGAAAAAUAGGUAAAGGGUCCUUUCGAUGAAGCUUACUUUAGACACAGUUCAAGUGCAGUUUUAUACUCUUCUUUAACAUUUGGAAAUUAUUGGGUGUUAAGUGAACUGAGAAGUGUACUUACUCAAAGAUAAUAAAAUUUGGGACAGCAAAUUUUGAAAGAGCAUUUAAUGCAAUUUUGAGGUUUUAUUCCUUGGGUUCCACGGUUUUGCUCCUGAAUAUGGAACUUUUGUUUUGCAUAAAAACCAGAAAGGCGCUAACAUACCGUUUUAAAAUUAGAAAACAAACUUGGAAGAUAGAUUGACUGAAAGACCAUGUUGCAUUUUCAAGGGCAGUGUAGAAAAAAAUUGCAUCGUAUGGACCUUUGAUAAAAAAGUUAUUCUGUGUAUCAUGCUGUGUAAUUAUAAAGGCAAAAAACCGAAAAGUAACCCUUUCAGUAAUCUCUUCACGGGCUUAAUUAAUUAAAUUUUAACAGUACAAAAAAUCUACAUAUAAGUGCUGAUCACAGA